AUGAUGGAACAAAAAAUUAGGUUGUUCUUAUUUAUUAAAAUAUCAUUUUUUACACUUUUAGGCUGGAUAUGUCACUUUUACAGUGAUAUGUGCUCUUUAAAUAAAAAUUUGGUUGAAAAAUGCAAUCUUUGUAGAAAAUUAAAUACAAGAAAUUAUCGAUUAUUAGAAAAAUCUAAAAAGGAUAAGGAUUUAUGUGUUGAAAAUUUUAAAGAAAUGCCAAAUAAUGAAUUAAAAGAAAAAAAAUGUAUAUCUAAUAAUAAAAAAGGAACAAAUGAAAAACACAAUCACUCAUGUAGAAGUUCAUUAUAUAUUGAUAAAUACGGUGAAAAUGUUAAGAAAAAUAAAUGUGUUAUAACUAAAACAAAAAAAUAUUCCAAUUUCGAAGAAAAAAUAUUUAAAGAACUUGAUUAUAGAGAUUACCUUAAAAACGUCAAGAUGAUUAAAGAUAAGGAAUAUGGAAAAUUAGUACAUACAAAACGCCGAAUACGAAUUGCCUUGCUUUUGUUAUUGUUUUUGGUAUUGAUACUACCCGUAUUAGAUCUUUCAUUAGAGAAACUUGCAGAUGGUGGUUUGCUGGGCUUAUUAGGAUUGUUAUACCCAACUAAAGCUGUAGCUGAUCCUCCAGGAAGUAUGAUUGUUCAUGGAAUAGAUGGACUUUUGAUUAAAUUGUUCAACAUUGGAGAUUGGGGUCCAUCAAAAGCUAUACCUAAAUUAAACUUUUUGUUUUAUUGCAUACCUUUCCUUAUAUUUGUUGUCAUAUUUAUAUUAGGGAUGGUUUACUACUAUAAAAAAGUUAUAAAAUACGAAAAUAUUAAGUUCAGAAAAAGAUUAAAUAAGAAGUAA